UUCUAGGACGUUUAACCUCAGCAGUCUUUGGAUUCAAAACAUGUCACGAGCAGCAAAUGACCUUGGAAGUGCGGGACUUGAAGUUGAAUACGCUGACAUGAGCGGCUGUGAAAUUGCUGCCAGUGACAUUGUUAAGCUUACCCACGACAAGCUCUCCACAGAGGAGGUUUCUGCGUCAGUGGUGUGCCCUUCUUGUGGGGCAGUCUCUCUGUUUAUUGGAAUAACAAGAAACAGUUUUGAAGGGAAAAAGGUUGUUGAGUUGGAAUAUGAAGCGUACAUCCCCAUGGCUCAAUCGGAGAUGAAGAAGAUCUGCCUGGACGUGAGGCAGAAGUGGCCAUCAGUAAAACACAUUAGCAUUCAUCACAGACUAGGGGUGGUCCCGGUAGCUGAAGCAAGUGUCAUAAUAGCCAUUUCCUCGCCUCACAGAAGUGAAUCUCUUGAAGCAGUAAAAUACUGCAUAGAUACACUAAAAGCAACUGUUCCAAUAUGGAAGAAAGAAAUUUAUGAAACAGAGGAUUAUUCUUGGAAGGAAAACAAGGAGUGCAGGUGGGCAGAAAGCAGACAGAAAUAAUACUGGAGUACUGCACGAGGAAGCAGAGGAAACUGGAAUAAUACUGGAGCAUUGCAUGAGGAAGCAGAGGAAACAGGAAUAAUACCAGAACACUGCACAAGGAAGCAGAGGAAACAGAAAUACUGGAAAUCUGUAUUUCUGAUAGUAGAUGAAAUGAUGGAUCAAAGCUGUGUAAUAAAUAUAAGUAUGGUAUAUUUGAUGAUGGUAGGUUAUGGAAUAAAAUUCGGAUUUCACAGACCUGUUUUUAAGAUUAAAUAAACCCAAGCAGACAAUAUUUCAGAGCACUAUAAAAGCCUAAAAAUAGUGGUACUUGCUUUCUUGCUUAAACAGAGUGCUGUCAUUUGUUAAAGGCAAGCAUGCAACACCCCCUGCAGUUACUGCCGACAUUCUCUGUCUGGUGGUGACUUGUCCAUAUGUUGAGACUGCACAUUCUGCAUCCACUGAAUCGGUUGGAAGUGUAAGGCAAAGCUUUGCUAAGUUAUACAGAUGUGGAAAUUGAAACGGUUCCAAAGCUCAGUUACACAAGGGCAUCUGGCAUACUUUAAUAAAGGCAAUUAUGCAGCACGUUUGUUGUCCCAUCCACUAACUUAUUUUAUUAGUACUGAGUCAAAGAAAACGUGCCUAUUCAGGUCUAAAAUUCUGACUGUGUUUAAAAAGUAAGCUGCAGGCUGUUUGAAGUGAGGUGGCUGUGCUGGAUCAUACCUGUAGUACUGACUUAACUUGACUACAGUCGACAGGAAUACUUUUUGACCACACUGAUUUUCCAGUUUGUUUUCUGAAAGCUGUUUAUUUUACGCUCUGUUUAGUAGCCUCUGUAGUAACCUUUCGUUUAAUGUGUGAUUCUGAAGCUAAAUAGCGAUCGAUUGUAUUUUCUGCAAAGACACGUUCCAAGAUGUGCAAAACAGUUACCUCCAUCUGCAUCAAACUAGAUUUUAGAAACCUAAUUCAAAACAAUGCAGCACUGACUUUGUCCCACCCCUACUGUACAGUACAUGUCACAGAAAAGCCAGUACAGACACA